UGAAAGACUGCUGGUCAGAAAAUAUCUAUUGUUUUUUGUUUACAGUGCAGGAACAUGGGAACUCAUAGCUCUAAACCUCAGAAGCAAGCUCAUGUCUUGAUGCUUGGACUGGAUGGUUCAGGAAAAACCACACUGUUGUACAAACUAAAGUUCAACGAGAGUGUGUGGACAGUGCAGACUGUAGGCUUUAAUGUGGAGAGCCUGGACACAGACCGAAGCAGCCUGGCACUUACUCUGUGGGACAUUGGUGGCCAGAGGAAGAUGAGACCUUAUUGGAAACAUUUCUACCCUGAUGCAGCGGGGGUACUUUUUGUGGUGGACAGCUCGGACCAAAAACGAUUGGAGGAGGCUCGUAAGGAACUGCAUCGAGCCUUGCGUUAUGAGAGUCUUAGGGGCAUUCCAUUGGUGGUCCUUGCUAAUAAACAGGAGCUUGCAGGGGCACAGAGUGCAGGAGCCCUCUGUGAGAAGCUCGAACUCAGAGGAGUGUGUGAGGGCAGAGCCUGGUUUAUUCAGCCAUGCUCAGCUGCUACAGGCAUGGGACUCCAAGAAGGAUUCAGAAAAAUGGUCUAUCUAAUGAAGACACCACUGAGACAGACAAAGGAAGACAUUAAGGUCAAAAUCCAGUUAAAUUGCCCCAGUUUUAUCAGGCUAAAGAAAGCUUUAGCCUGUGGGCCUACAAGUUAAGCCAAAAUGUAGGCCAAUUUAAGGACAUUCAGAGUGAAAUUUGUUAUAGUUAUUUAACAUUCAUUGAUUGUAACAUCUAACUAAGUGGACAAGACCAGACACUACUGGGAUAUUCCAAUUGUUGAUAAAUUCAAAUGGAACACUGAAUAACCUGCCCAUUUUAAGGAAAUGAAUAAGUAAGUACUGCAAAAUACUAUCCAUGGUAGCCAGUCUUAUAUUUCCACAGAAAUCACGAUAUAAACUAUUG